AGCCGGGAGGUGAAGGAGGCAUUUGGUCGUUUCCUUCGAUAGUUUCCGUCCGAUCUGAAAUGUGGUUUUCAUGCUGACAACUUUUCUUAACUCGACGAGCAAUUGAAGCAUGGCCCACAAACAAAGCAGUUCUCACAAACGUGCAAGGAGCGCCUUCCUCGUGGCUAUCGUCCUAUUGCAGUGUGCCGCAUAUGUGACAUCAGAUACGUGUGACUUCGAGAAUGGCAUGUGCAAGGGUUACACGACCAGCGGCAGCGGGAGCGGCGUCUUCAAAGUUGCGCGAGUCAAAGACUUAAACUUCGGACCUAACGUGGACCACAGACCAGGCACAGAGAGCGGUUCCAUCGCGUAUGCUACGGGCAAGGGAUCGGCGAUACUACGGCGUUCAUUCCAGGCUCCAUUCUGCUUUACCGGGUGGUACCACGUAUCUGGCGUGAAGCGCCCCCACCUGUUCUUCCACGUCAGCAGCCAGGGAAACUACAGGGCCUUCCACUUUUUAUCCGAGCCCUUCGUCGGCUUUUGGUACAAGGUUGUUUACUCGGAGAAGUGGACGGGAUUGGCCAACGUUUCUAUUGUAAGCGUUCUGCACCCUGCCAGUGAAGCCUCUUUUAUCACCCUCGACGACCUCAUGUUCGAGCCAGGUCCUUGCCCUCCAGGUCCUCAAGAAGGCUCGUGCGACUUCGACUGGGGAGACACGUGCGGCUACAGCGUGGGCAAUGGCUCCGGUCUCUGGCAGCUGAACCACUGGAAGGCGAGCGACAGCGGCAUCGGCUGGACUAUUAACGAGGACGUAACGGUCGGACAUGGCGGUGGCUUCGCAAUUUUCAAGCCUUCUUCGGGCACGAACCCCGUGGGUCUGCUGAGUUCUCCGAAAGUGAAGGGGCACACCGGUCGUCAAUGCUUGCAGUUCUACUACUACGUUUCGCAAGGAAGAACCAACAACAUUCCGCAUGGACUCCGAGUGUUUGUUACUGGACACGAUGGAUCGCGCCUGCCUAUUUGGGGCCUCUCCGGUGACGCCCUGUUCCACGAGAGAUGGAGUCCUGCUCAAGCUUCGUUCGACGGCGGCCCUACCAUCCAGUUGGAUUUCGUGUGUUCCUUGGGGUCGGGACAGCCGCAUGGAUUCUACUGCGGAUUGGACUACGUACGCCUCAGUGAUUGCUCGCGUCCUCAGGGCUCUGACAAUCAUGACUGCAAUUUUGAGGAAGGGCUUUGCUCAUGGAUGAACUUAAGGUACGACUACGUCGACAGUGGCAUAUGGACUCUGGCCGGUGGUACCACCAAGACAACGGUUCCAAAACCUAGCAAAGACCAUACUCUUGGUACCAGUGCCGGUUCCUACGUUUUCUACAGCUCGUUCCAGCAGAUCAAGGGAGCGAAAGCCCAGCUUGUCAGCGAGGCGGUUGUUUCGGCAGGACUGGCGACAAACUGCAUGGAGUUCCAGUACAUUGUGGCAGGAGGCAAAGAUGCAAAACUUCUCGUGAAAUCGACGUCACUGUUCAAAAACAUCAAUUAUGACAAGAAUCAAGACGUCAUAUGGGAAGCAGGAGGUGGAGAAUUUGACACCUGGCUGCUUGGGCGAAUUGCACUCUCGGAGAAGACUAGGGUUAUUUUCGAGGCUGUCACUGGGACAGAACGUGGCUAUAUAGCUCUCGAUGACAUCAGGAUAUACGCCAACGAUUCUUGUGAAACGUUUCCUAAACCCUCGCCACAGAAUACUCCUGUGGACGAGCUCUUAAACUGUGACUUUGGAGACUGGACCUUGUGCAAGUGGGCAUUUAACCCGACUGAUGGCAGCGUUGCGUGGCGUUUUGGCAACCGGUAUUCCCCAGAAACCAGCAUCGGACCAACUGCCUUACCUGCUGGAACUAAAGGUACCUUCAUCUUCGCAACUGGUGCAAUGAUCGCCAAGAACCAUGGCCCUCUGCUACUGACGUCCCCGAAGGUCCCCAGGCAGACGCAACCUGUUUGCGCCACGUUCCGAUACCACUUGUUCGGCGCGCUGGGAACCGUCAUGCGAGUGUCCUUGAUGAAUGAAGAUAAGGCCGAGGAGGGUCACCGCAGGGUAGUUUAUCAAUCCUUCAUCUUCCACGCUGGCCGAACUACCGUCGACCGCUGGUUCACGGUGCAGCGAAAUCUGAAUAUGAAUGCCGAGUUCAACACGAUUAAGUUGAUGAUUGGCAGUAAUGGAAACAAGGCUUCGGAGAUGGCGAUCGGCCCAGUAGAGUUUGCUAGCGGAGCUUGUCAGUUUCUAACAGACAGUUUGGGCUGGUGUGAUUUCGAGUACGACACCUGCGAUUGGACCCUGGAAGGAACCAGCAACGGCUGGAGACGCAAUUCAAACCUCCUGCGAGGUUAUAACUCCCACACCCGCUCCGGACCCCCCGAUUCUAACGCUUUCUUGGAGCUGCGGGCGUAUAAGGAAGGAAACGGCUCUACAGUGACGAGUCCGUGGUUUCAAGGGCGCUUGGAACCGCAGUGCCUGAAGUUCUGGUACAAAAGAGAUAAACCCAAUCUUGGCAAAAUCGUCGUGGAGCUCGCUGUGUCGGGUGCCAAAGAGUCCAGUGUUAUUUGGGAGCAACCACCAUACCCGCAAGACGAUUGGAUGCUCGCUCGAGUGCCGAUCGUGUCCCAGGAAAAACUCAAGGUGGUGUUUCGGGCGAUCAUCAUGUCAAGCAAAGACCAUACUUUAGAUACACUUGGUAUCGAUGACGUGCAACUUGACCCCGAGCCCUGCAAACCCCUGUAUGAAUGCGAUUUCGCGGAGGACUUUUGCGGCUACGUCAAUGGCUUCACUCUCGGAGGGCUCCAAUGGUUGGUCGGCACGGGACGCGUCGCAAAGCCAGAGUUGCCUCCGAGAGUGCCACCAUAUCCGAGCCCUUCAGUGGAAUACUCCAAAUACGACCCCAAGUCUUGGGAGAGGUUUGCCUACGUUGACCUCACCGUUUCCACUGGAGCGCUUCCGUCUGGGGCUGAAAAGGCAGAUCUGGCCAGCCCCGUGUUCGCAGUGGGCGACAAAGGAGACACCUUUCGCCUGUGGUACUUCAGAAGAGGACCAGACAUUGUGUCCAUGGAGCUCAGGCAGAUCAGCUACAAGGAUAGUGGAGCAAUGGACACACUGCAAACUGUUAACCUUCCAGAGGGUGGUGAUUGGCAGUCAACUGUACUGAAACUAAAACCUUCUAAACAAUCCCAGAUUGUUGUCGCAGUCACCAGAGGAAAAGGAACCAACGGGAUUGCGGCUGUCGGCUUAAUUUCAGCCGAAAAGACCAAACAAAUCCCGGAUGAAGAAGCAACUCUGUGGUGCAAUUUUGAGGACGGAACGUUCUGUGGUUGGGAACACGUCAACGGCGAUAUUUCCUUUAAACUCAACGAGCCAAGCAAGAAAAUUCCACCCUUCCCCCAAUCGGACCACACCCUUCAGGCGUACAGAGGGCGCUUCAUUUACGCCGAAGCCAGUGGUUCCCGGUACCAAGCAGCUAGACUGAGAAGCCCAGAACUUCCAGCCGACUACCGGAGUCGCUUCUGUGUGUCUCUAUGGCAUACGAGUGCGCCAAACACAUACGGAUAUUUCGGAAUAAAUAACACAGUAGAAUUGUAUCCGCAAUGGAGAGACUUUUGGAACGUGCGCUGGGUGCACGGCCAGCAUCAGAUGACGAUGCCGGGAAAUGCGGAUAAGUUUACCCUGGAGGUCCACAUUUCAUCUGGCUUGAUUGCCUUGGAUGACUUGGAGGUGACUUCUGGCAAAUGUCCACUGAUAGACAAAUGUACUUUCGAACUCGGAAGUCCGUGUGGCUUCUACUGGGAGCAUUCCAGCCCGAGAAUAUGGCGCGUCGUUCAAAGCAAAGCGCUGAAGGUUCCCGACCACACCUUGCAGGCCAAUGCUGGACACUUCCUGUACGUGAACACGACAGAUGUUGAUCCAGCCCAUCCAGAGUCUAGGGUGUUCCUCGAUACCCGUGAUCCCACCCCUUCCACCUGCGUGACCUUUUGGUGGAAAGGCUUCGGGACCCCAAGUGACCUCAAUGUAUAUGUUCACACAAAGGAGACUGUUCUGAGGGACCCCGUUCUUUCUUUAUACACGCGAGCCACGCCAGAUGGGUGGAUUCCCCGUUCCGUAACAAUUUCGUCAAAGACAAAGUGGCAGCUCGUUUUUGAGGCAGUCUCGCCCGCUUAUUAUAGCGGAGAAUCUGGUGUGAUGGUGGACGAUGUCGAGUUUUCCAAUGGGGAAUGCCCUCUUGAUGAUUUCUGUUCCUUUGAGGAAGACGUCUGCAUACCUUGGGUUGACGUGACACCCAAUUCAACCCAAGGCAAUCGCGGGUGGCAAGUGCAGCGUGCAGAAAACUUUGCCCAGCUCUCCAAAGACCACACAUUGCAAUCUGGGGACGGCUACUACCUCCUGUUCAAAGGCACGGGCGACAUAACAAAUUCAGCCGUUUUGAAGCUCCGAGAACGGCGCUUCCGGUGCGCAUCUUUCUGGUUUUUUAUCUCCAAGAGCACCAGCGGGUGCACCAUUUAUGCCGGAGACAAGGUCUUGCGACACCCUACCAAGCGCUGGAGACUUUACUUCUUCAAUUUGAGCUGGGGAUUGAAGGAUGGGAUGACGAUACGUGCGUUUUCUGGAACCGACGAGACUGCGUUCGUCGCCAUCGAUGACAUUGAGGUUGACGAGCGCGAGUGCAGUGAGCUUCAUCUUCCGGCGACUGAUGACUUCGUCUGUAAGACUAGCCCGGUAGAAAAGAUCCCGGUGGACAAGGUUUGCGACUUUGUCAAAGACUGUUCCAACGGUGCCGACGAGCUGGAUUGCGGAAACUGCGUUUUCGAGAAUUCCACGUGCGGCUGGGAUCUCGGAAGCGCAGAAAGCAGAGAUCUGGCAUCGUGGCGACGAAGGAGAGCGGGAGUUAUUCCUGGAGCUCCCAAACUGACUUAUGACGGCGACACCAAUGGUUUCUACAUGAUCGUUGCAUUAGAAAAAAAACCAACGCAAGUUGCAGUAAGAGCUGUUGCAACAUCUCCCGUCAUCCGAAACACAAACUUCCUUUGUUCGCUCACCUUCUGGUACAACUACGCAAACGACUCAUUUGAAAUGGACCUGGACCUUGAAGUGAACGGACACGAUAUGACCAUUUGGAGCUUGUACUCCGUCACACCCAAGGCACCAGAGAGAACCUGGAACAUUGCAGAGGCUGUACUCGGACGUUACACUGGAGCAGUUAAGCUUCGCUUCAGGGAGUUUCAGUAUCCUGCAAACGACGGGUACUUCGCCAUAGACGGCCUCCAGUAUGACAACUGUGACCUGCCGCUCCCCGAUCCUUCGCCAUGCGAAGAUAAUUUCAAGUGUGAAAAUGGUGUCUGCAUUUCUAAGUAUGACGUAUGCAAUUAUGUCGACCACUGUGGAGAUGGCAGCGACGAACUUAACUGCGGGGAUCACAACCUUGGAUGUAACUUCGAUUAUUCGUUCUGUGACUGGAAACCUGUUCUGCCUGAAAAAAGCGAGACCGCAACAUCGACGUGGGAAAGGAUUCGACCUGGGACUUUCCUGUGGUUAAGACCUACUCGAGACCAUACCAGUGGCCACCGCGAAGGUCGAUUCCUGAUUUUACGUCCAAUGAACAUGAUGGUUGAAUCUGAAAUUGCUGGUCCUAUUCUACAAGCCAACGGCACCUGCGCUAUAACAUUCUUCUAUAUGAUCUACAAAGGCGCCCCAUCUAAGCUUAUUCUGGGAGUGAGAUAUGCCAAAGGCGGGCCGCUUACACAAAUCUGGAGCACAUCGACACCCACAUAUGGCUUUUACUUUAUAGAAAGGAUGAUUGUUUUCGCAGAGGAGGAUCCGUUCCAGGUUUUCUUCAAAGGAAGACACGAAGCCACGGAUGGAGCUGCUUACAUCGCAAUCGACGACGUCUCCUUUUCAAAAGGAUGCCGUGCAUAUCACGGAGUCUUGCCCGGCCCGCCUUCGACGCCUGCCCCUACCAAGCCCCCAACCUGUCCCAGUGAUCAAUUCACCUGCGGCACUUCUGAAACAUGCAUUCCAGCAAACAAAGUAUGUGACUUCAAGGAGGACUGCAUGGAUGGGUCGGACGAGAAGAACUGCGGAGCUUGUGACUUCUCGAUCGAUCUGUGUGGUCUGACAUCCGCUGAUCCGGAUGCAAGGUACACGUGGAACCGAACAUCGGCUCAAGACGUAACCAAGAAUCCAUCGAGUGAUGUUGGGUUGCCGAAAACGGACAGCAACCAAGAUCCCCAAGGAUUCUAUUGUGCCUAUAGGGAAACAAAUCAAGAUGAUCCACAGGGAUUGAUGAACGCCUUGUUGACACCAAGGUUUGGUGAAAUUGCACACCCAUGUACCGUCAGCUUUUAUGCUUUCAUCAGUAAACCCCCUGCGUGGCUGUGGUUUGGAGUGCAGCGAAGCACCAAGUAUGGAAGUGUUUUCCGAAAGCGCUUCGCCUUGCUCAAGGGGAGCGAGAGUAGCCACGCGUGGACCAAGAUGACAGCCAAAGUUGGAAAUUGGAAUCCCGGCUCCAGAUUUUACUUUAUUACCGACGGAACACACACCAGUAUCGACGCCAUUGAAUACCGCGGCUGCCAUCCAGACAGAAGCAGCGACUCCUACGAGGAGGACUUGUUGGUCAGCUGUUCCUUUGAGCUCGAAGACAAGUGUGGGUGGUUCCCAGAGAAUGAAGUGACCGAGCUUGACUGGGUCAAGUACACUGGUGGGAAACCCAUCCGCAGCUGGCAGCCUCCUUCCGUAGAUGUGGGUCACUCAGGCCCGUACAUGUUCAUCGCCAACCAUCGGAACACAGAGGGCAGGGGUCACUUGGUGUCCAAGCGCCUACCUGCUUCGGGGGGCUUCGGCCAUUGCUUCUCUUUCUGGUACAGCAUGAGGCACCCCAACAGUGGAACGCUCAACCUCCUCACUCGUUCUGAGGACAACUCCACCGAACUGCUCUGGAGUCGGUCUGGACCUCAGGGAAGAAGUUGGCUCAGGGGAUACGCGGAUGCGUUUUCUACCACCUACACCAAAUUUGUAUUGGAGGCUGUUCUACCUGGAUCCUCGCCAGCUGUCAUUGCAAUCGACCACAUCGACGUAAGAGGGGGAGAAUGCAAGAGUAAAACGGUAUGUGACUUUGAAUACGACUUCUGUGACUGGAAACUGCACGACUGGGAGCUCAGCAGCGGACGCUCUAUUCCGGAACCUAGUAUAGACCACACCACUCAAACACGUUCAGGCUCCUACGUACGGCUGUUGAGGUCUAACGGUCACCUCGUGAGCCCGGAUAUGGUCGUCCACCCACCUAGCGGGAGCUGCCUCAAGUUCUGGUACUACCUGUCCGGCACAGACGCGGAGCAGCUGAAUGUGAGCCGCGUGACUGACUCCACGCGCGAGGAGCCAAUAUGGAGCGUGCUCGCUUCUCAAGUUCCCCAGAAAACAUGGCUUCAAGGAUCAGCCAACCUGUUGGGACACACGGGACACCUCGCGGCGGCAUUCACGGGAACCACAUCGGGCGAUCCCGGCACAGCAGUUGCAGUGGACGACAUCCACACUGACAUGAAACCUUGCGUCCCUGCCGGAAACUGCAAUUUUGAGGAAGACUUCUGCAACUGGAGGAACAUCGGGCCUGAGAACCACAUGCGGUGGUACCGCAACAGCGGCGACACCCUGACUCGCGGUGGCCCCUCCAGUGAUCACACUCUCAAGACAGCCGAAGGCAUCUACUUGGUUCUGGACGCUCAAGAUCUGUCCGAGGUUCGAGAGGGUGCCCUAGAGAGCGAACUCCUAAGCUACGGACCGGACGUCUGCUUCCGUAUGUUCUACCGAAUUGCCAGUGGGAGUGAUGCCAGCGUCUUUCUACAAAUUAGAGACCUAUCGCAAACAGUUUUGUACAAGCGAGGAUUAUCUGCACCAAAAACUAAUGAAUGGACAUUGUUUGAACAAGAUGUGAAAAGCCUCCCGUCACUCUACACAAUUCGUAUUUUUGGUUCUCCCGGCACGGGAAAAAAGAGCGAUGUUGCCAUUGAUGACAUUGAAGUAUUCUCAGGACCCUGCUCUAAGGGACCACUGGCGCCAACUGACGAGCCCUUAACAGGAGCUUCCUCUUCAACUCAACCAUCUGAUGUGACAUUUGUGAUUCCGACAGAAACAGACUCUCCUAGAGAUAUUACAACACCUGGAGCAGCCAGUAGUGCACGGAGCACCUCACCGGACGAGCCUUCGACAGUUCCUGCUGCAACCUGCAGUUCUGAAGAGUUUGACUGUCGAGACAACAAGAACUGCAUCCCGUUGGGCCUACUUUGUGACGGGGUGCAAGACUGCCCCAACGGCCUGGAUGAAAAGUGCGGUGGGCGCAACAAGUGCGAGAAGUCCUUGGCCUUCUGUCCAAGCGGGUCACCGGACUGGUGCAUAAACCGCGACUUUCUGUGCGACGGCCACAACGACUGCAGCGACGGAUCCGACGAGACUCUUUGCGGAAGUUGCCCUUCUUCGUUUUGUCUCAACGGAGGCCAGUGCAAGGUCUGGACAGAUGGUGGAUUCCCAACGUGCACGUGUCCAGAUGAUGUGUCUGGGAAUCGUUGCGAGCACGUCGCUGGCAGCACGGCCGAGGAGCAACGAUAUUCUACAGCAUCCAACGGCUGGGCCAUUGCGGUGCCAGUUAUCCUCAUCUUGGUAGGUAUCGCCGGCGUCGGUUAUCUGUACCGGAAGAGGAGAGCCGUGCCGAGCUCCGCGCUGUUUGUGAGCAACCCAACGUACGACGCCAACACAGAUCAAGCGAGAAUCCUCAACUAGCUUAUCCACAACCCCGCAAGAAAGCAUGAGAAAAAUUUGCUUAAAACGAUCAUAAAUAAAGUCAUUAUGGAGACAUCGACCCGAGACAGAUUUCAUUUUGUCUUGCCAUCUUCUAGUCAGAUGAGUCAUAGUUUAUGAGAAGUCAAAAGAAUGCGAAUAACAUUCGGUGUUAAUAAUUUGUUUGUUAUUGAAUAGCCACUUGUGAUAAAUGUAGGCUAUUUGAUUCACCCGAGUACCCCAGGAAAAAAACGGAAAAAACGCAAUAAUAAACAAGUUGCACUCAUAAACGUA